UGGAAACUCUAUGAGGUUGCCUAAGACCACACAUCCGCUCAAGAAGACGCAGAGGACGAUAAGUGGAAAUCUAAGGUUUGUACUGAAACGAAGAACUAAGACGGUGGAUCACGGCACACAAAAGCUAUCGAAAUACUAUACCAUAGACCACACUUCCAAAAUAGUCUUAUAGUUGAUGUAUAGACCAGUCUGCAGCAUGCUAAAUUAUUCCUUCGGUUUCAUGCUGCCGUGUGAUUGAGGGUAAAGCUGCUAUGGCCCUCGUUUACAAUCAUUACUGCCAAGGUUGAGAGCGAAGGACAACAUGGGUGUACGCUAGCAUGGACAUCGAUCGCGACUAUUCCUAUCUUUGCCCCCAACUAUAAACGUACGUGCCCAGUUGCCUCAAUAUAACACUC